AUGACUGCAAACGCAGACGUACGGCAGACUGUGGGGGCAGUACUCUUGGGAUGUCUGAUCUCGUGCGCACUCUCUGGGGUUGUGGCCAUCCAAUCAUUCUUUUAUUUUCGGUUUUAUCGUAAGGACCCGGCUGCGGUGAAAGCUUUGGUGAUAUUAAUCUGGGUUCUUGAUGCCAUUCACACCGUCUUGGCCUGCCAUGGCGUAUGGACGUGUCUCAUCCUCAACUUCGGAGACCCAGCUAUGGUCGACUACAUACCCAUGUCCAUCGGACUUACGGUCGCAUUCACGGCUAUCGUCACGUUCUUGGUGCAGGUUCUUUGCUUGGAGAUUAUUCAGGUGUUAGUCCCUCCUUUCGUCGUUGCGACUUUUGUCUGCAAAAAUCUGAAUUUCAUGGGCGGCAUAUCUACACAUGAUAUGAUCCGAUGGAAGAGCUUCGACACAUUCGUCGAUCAUCUAGCGUGGUGUUUCACGCUCGGCCUCUCCCUCUCCUCGGCUACGGACAUCAUCAUCACGCUCUCGAUGUGUUUCUACCUCCAGACGAGCAGGACCGGGUUCCAGACAUUGGACCAUAUCAUCAAUAUGAUCAUGAUCUACACCGUCAACAAUGGAGCGAUCACCUGCGUCGCGACCGUGCUUUCCCUCAUCUUCUGGCUCAAAAUGCCGUAUAAUCGCAUUUUCUUCGGGAUGCACUUCAGCAUCACAAAGCUCUACGCUUUAUCCCUCCUCUCAACGCUCAACACACGGAAGUCCGUCCUAGCCUCGUCCACAAACACAAGCGCAGGCCGCGCCAGCGGCGGCCGAGGGGCCAACAAAGAUGGAAUUGCACUCUCCGUGCGAUUCCCUGCGAGCCCCGGAUCUCCAAGGACGCCCAACAGUGCAUCUCAUGGCCAGUUCAGUUCGCUGCAUUCCCCGGUCGAAAGUAAUCAUUAUCCGAUGGAUGCGUCCAUGAACGGUGCGAUAUCGGUAGCUGUCAAUGUCGAGAAGACGGUUCAGUAUGAUUACGACGGGGAGCCUGAUACACUGGCAGAGGCAACCACGAAGGAUAUACAAGUUGUGGCGGCGGAUGGUCGAGGGGAUAUAGGUGCCGUGCCUAUUUUGGAGAACGUUCCGAAUCCGCGGUCGGGGUUGAUGAGGGGGGUGAGGAUGGGUGAGGUGUGA